AUGAAUUUACUUGCAAACAUUCUCCAAACUAAUCCUCAUGUUCACGUACAUGACGAUAAACGUGCGUAUGUCGACGAUGCUCUUCGUUCGAUGGUUAAAGAUGGAAGAAAGAUGUUACACGUAGUCGCAGAUUUCGAUUUUACAUUAACAAUGUACGAAAAAGACGGUAUGGCGUUGCCAUCAACAUUUGGUGUGAUUGAAUCGAAUGAUUACAUCAAACUACCGGAUGGUUCAUUAUUGCGUGAUAAAUCGUCGGAAUUGUAUGCAAAAUAUCAUCCAAUUGAAAUCGAUGUUCAAAUGGAAGUUUCGGAGAAGAUACCUUACAUGAUUGAAUGGUGGCAUUCCGCGCACAAUCUCUUUGUUUUAUCGGAUUUGAAUCAAUCUGUGAUCCGAGAUCUUGUUCACGAGUCAAGAAUGGAACUGAAAAAGGGUGUUCGUGAGUUCAUCACAGAGUUGUUAACAAGCCAAACUCCCAUUCUAAUAUUUUCUGCUGGCUUAGGUGAUGUUAUUCAAUUCUUUUUCGAGGAGCGUAUUCCAGAAUUUAAGCACAACCACGAAUCAUCUCAUAUAGUUUCGAACUUUAUUCAGUAUGACGAUCAAGGCAAGGUGAUUUCUUUCAGCGAGAAAUUGAUUCAUUCGUUCAAUAAGAACGAACAUGAAAUUCAUGAUACACCAUAUUUUCAAACGAUUGCUAAUCGACCCAAUGUGAUUCUUCUCGGUGAUACACUCGGUGACAUCGGAAUGACAGGUGGAAUGAAAAAUUUGAAGCAAAUUUUGAAAAUCGGCUACCUCAAUCAUAGCACACCAGAGAAAUUGGAAGUCUAUAAGAAUGCCUAUGAUAUUGUUAUAUGUGAUGAUCAAACAUUUGAUGUACCAAAUGCAAUCUUAAAUGCCAUUUAA